AUGGAUUAUUCUUUAGGAAUUUUCACCUUUUUGCUUUCAGUUACAUUAGUAACAUCUCUUUCCAGUUCCCAACUAUCAAACAUGAAAGUAACUAAAGAACAAAUGAAAGUGAUUUGUUCUAGAUCACUAGAUCCUCCAUAUUGUUUGUGCAAUUUAAAUUUGAACUCUCGUAUUGACAAGUCAAACAUUCAAGCACUUGCUAAGAGUACUAUCCAUUUGGCUCGUGUCUAUGCAAAUAAAACCUAUACUGUAAUUGAUUCCAUCAUUAAUAUCAUUGGUGAACCCAAAGUGAUCGAGAAGUACCAGUUAUGUGCACAGAAUUACAAGGAAGUUAUUGCUCGACUCAUUGAAGUAGAUAGAUACUUAGCCUCUGGUGACUAUCGUAAAAUGAGAAUUGAAAUAUUUAGUGCCAUUGAAAAAGCACAGACAUGUGAAGAAAAAGUGGACGAAACUUCCAAAACUAUAACGCCAAUACAUGACAACAACUUGGAUUUCAUACGCAAGUGCAGCAUCAUUUGGUCUAUCUCAAAUCACUUACCGUGA